UAGUUCAAAAUUGAUUUCAGUUGCUAAGUACGUUAUGUUGGAACAAGAUCCUGUAAAGAUUGUAUUCUUCUCAAUGAGACGUCUCCUGGGAUUUUACAAAUAAUUUCUUUUUAUCGAAAAUAAUCCUCAUUCGUGCACUUUGUAAUUUUCGAUUUUUGUCUUUGCAGGUAAAUUAAACCUCGAGCACCCUGUAUGUACCGACGGACGUGAACUCUAUUUUUUACUGCUAGAUGGUAUACGUAUACGUAUAUGAUAUUAGUUGCAAGCUACACGCGUAUACUAUACAGAGGGCUACUGAAUAACCGCUACUCACGAGUCACGUCACUGACGCCACUCACUUGACUCACGACUAUUUUAAGCUGCACUGGCUGAACUAGACUGAAUUGGUGCAAUAAGUUGAAGUGAGACAAGUAUAUUUUGUUUCACUCUAACUUACGGCAUCAGUGUGCACUGUGCACCACUUGCACCAGUUCAGCCAGUGCAGUUAAAAAAAAAAAACACCCACUGUAUCCUGUAUCCCUUCAUUUUUCUUCAUUCAUUGAUGAAGGCACGUGCAUUUGUGUUGAUAGCACGCGUUGCUCUUCCCACAGAGUUAAAUACAUCAAUUAAAAAUCAUGGAAUUUCUGCAAAAAAUUUCCACUGAAUACUUAAGCCCUAACAGCCGACUUGAUCUGAGACUCUGCGCGUCGAACCACGUGCUCCACUUGUCGGCGACCGCUGCUGGCCGGGAACUCCUAUUGCAGGCACCAGAAGCAUUGGUGCAGUUUGUUACUCUUGUACAAGAUGAUCGCGCAUCCAUCAGCGGGUGUGCCGCACGAAUAUUAGUAAAUAUUACCGGAGAUGAGGCAGGAGCCAAUGCAAUGCUGAUUAUUUCGGAACUAGAUUUGCCUACCCAGGGACCUAGUCAGAAUUUAAUAAAAACUUGUCUGAGGGCCAUAAUGGAUAAAUCCAGUACUCUAGCUGACGCCUGUUGCAUGAUACUUUCUAAUAUGACUAGACCGUUUCAUCUGGUGAACAGAGUGAUAACACUUAUCGAACAAAGUAAUUAUUCUUGGGAUGAAAUAGUAGCUGCAUUUACUGCAAACCAGUACAACACUACAGGCGAGAAAUUGCAUUAUCUUGGAUAUGUCUUUAGCAAUCUUAGUCAAUCGCCACGUGUCAGAAGGUAUUUGAUGGAUCGAAAUCGUUGCGUUAUUCAACGGCUCUUUCCGUUCACGGAAUAUUCUAAAAGUCAGAUUAGACGAGGCGGUGUUGUUGGUACUUUGAAAAAUUGCACUUUUGACACGGAAAAUCACGAGUGGUUGCUAAGCCCCGAGGUGGAUUUGUUGUCAUGCCUGUUGUUGCCACUUGCUGGUCCGGAAGAGUUUGACGACGAAGAUAACGAAAAAUUGCCAAUUAAUUUGCAAUAUCUUCCUGCAACAAAAACUCGAGAGGCUGAUCCAGGUAUAAGACUUAUACUUUUGGAAGCAUUAAAUCAACUCUGUGCAACAAAAGCAGGUAGAAAAAUAUUGAGAGAAAAAAAUACAUAUGUCAUACUUAGAGAGCUUCAUAAAUGGGAAAAGGAUAGAAGCUGUUUAUUGGCAUGUGAAAAUGUCGUGGAUAUCUUGAUAAAAACCGAAGAAGAAAUUGGCUUAGAUAACUUGAAAGAAGUAGAGGUGCCAUCUGAGUACACAGAGACAUUCCAUAAGAUGGAUGAAGACUUUAUUAGCGAUACAUAGAUAGUGCAAAAGUUUGAAUUAUAAAUACGUAUAAUAUUUGAAAAGUAUUUCACAUACAGUGUACAUAAUACUUAUCUAAGCGAAGAAACGAGCAUAAAAAUGGUGAUUUAUAACACA